UGUGGGAAGCGCCGGGGAGGAGCCCGCCUGCCUGGCCACGCGGCUGAAGCGGGCGAGGGGCGGCCGGCCGGCCGGCGGGCUGGGGCUGUGCCUCGGCCGGCGAAGCGCGGAGGGCAGCGGGCGGAGGACCGCCAGCCCGCCGCGGGGCAGAAGAUGGGAGCCGAGGCAGCGCCGUCGUUCCUCCCGCCGCAGCCGGCCCAAGCGGAGGCGAAGCGACCAGCCCGGCUCGGGCCGCGACGCGCGCUGAGGGACUGUGGAUUGACAGACUGAUUCCCUUUGAAGUGUUUCCUGCCCCUCUGGGAUGUCAUAGGUGAUGCCCAGCUCUACUGCGAUGGCAAUUGGGGCUCUCUCUAGUUCCCUCCUUGUAACCUGCUGCCUGAUGGUUGCACUCUGUAGCUCCACUGCGCCUUUUCAAAAACUUGCCAAGGUUCAAGACAAGCAAGAGAUAAAAACAAGCCAAGAAAAGAGGGACCACGCAUCAGCCCGAGACAACCAGAAUCAGACUGGACCAGGAAAAACAAGUGAAAUUGGCAGGAAUGGUAGAGAGGAGGGUACCAGAGACUGGAAGAACAAAAGCAGCAGGAAUUAUUCUAAUAAGGAAUCUUGGACUAAGCAAAAACAAGCUGUGAGUAGCCAGGCAACCAGCAGUAAGUUUGGGAGUCUCCAAGCCCGGGAGCAAAUGGACAGUGUCCAAGAGGAGCUUCCAGUUGCAGAAGAGUCCUCCCUUUUGGAUGCUGUUGCUAGUACUACCCCUGAACCUCCCGAGGAGUACGCUUAUCCCGACUAUCGUGGGAAGGGUUGUGUGGAUGAGAGCGGCUUUGUAUAUGCUAUUGGAGAGAAGUUUACUCCAGGUCCCUCCGCUUGCCCUUGCCUUUGUACGGAAGAGGGCCCACUGUGCAUUCAGCCUGAGUGCCCGAGGCUCCACCCGCGAUGCAUUCACGUUGACACUAGUCAGUGUUGCCCGCUGUGCAAGGAAAGGAAGAACUACUGUGAGUUCCGGGGGAAAACCUAUCAGACGCUGGAAGAAUUCAUGGUUUCACCAUGUGAGAAAUGCCGCUGUGAAGCCAAUGGCGAAGUGGUGUGCACGGUGUCUGCUUGUCCUCAAACUGAUUGUGUGGACCCUGUAUAUGAACCAGAUCAGUGCUGUCCCAUCUGCAAAAAUGGCCCCAACUGCUUUGCAGAAACCACAGUCAUUCCAGCAGGCCGAGAGGUGAAGACUGACGAAUGCACCAUAUGCCACUGUACUUAUGAAGAAGUCACUUGGCGAAUUGAACGACAAGCGAUGUGCACCAGACAUGAAUGCAAGCAAAUCUAGAUCUAUGAAUCCAAUGGACUCAGAUUUUUUUUAUAAAAUAUUUCCAUGUGCCACAUGAUCUUUGGGGAAACAAGAGACUUCAAACAAAACAAAGGUUCUUUUGAGGACAAAGAAGCUAUGAUGCUUGCUUUUUCCACAGUAAAAUAAGCCUGCAAAUCAAAGUUGGCUUGGACUUAAAGGUUCAUGUAUUAUUAAAAUGUGUUCUAUUUCCACGGUGAGUACUUUAAAGUACACUCUAUCAAAGAUGAUAUUAUUUCUAUAAUCCCAUUAUAGAGUUUAAAAUAAAUGUUUUAUAUAGAUGAUACAGAUUAAAAUGCUAUAAAUGGUUGACUGUCUUCUUGCAUACCUGGCCAUGCCUCAAAUAAAAUACUGUUUUAUUAUAUAAGCUAUUUUUGUGCAAGCAACAAUAGGCAUGGAAAGGAGACCUCUGAACAUUAUAAAUAUUUCUUUGAGGCCUACUUCAAACAAUUCAUAAAGAGUGCAGUCCUGACCUACUCAGAACGGGGCAUUUUUUUGUUGAUUACAAUGAUAGAAUGGUUAUGUGCGGAAAUGGGUCAAAUUCUCUUCCCUUCGAUGAAGGUGAAUAUUGAUUGCACCAGCACGGAUGUAUUGUGAGAGGAACUGGCUUACCCUGUCACCUGUUUGGUAUCUUGACUACUUUUGCUUUUCUGGUAUAGAACAGGUGUGUCGCCCAUCAUUAAACUGAAAGAUUAUAAUUUGUAAAUUCGCCAUGACUAAGCAUUUAAUAGCUGUGAAUAAAAAAGAAUAAUUUCUAAA